GAAACGUGGCCAAGCCUUGAUUUGCCCCCACCGAUAAUGCCUGAAUUUAAUGCACUAGUGAACUUCGACAAAAUACCUCCGGCCCCUGUUAGACCCAAUGUUAGCGCGUGUCCGACAACGAAUACCUAUUGCAAUUGGUAUUGUACAGGAUGUUUGAAUGAAGACAUCACCAACUGCCCAAAUCCUGGAG